AUGACUCUCCAGUGUGUUCUAGGUAAUGCCCUCUGGUUUGAAACUCCUCUGAGGACAGAAAGAGUGGCUUUGUUUUUAUUUGUUUGUUAGUUUCCCUUUCACUGGGGAAGAUUGUGUCAUUAAUGAGUCCCUUUCUCUAUUCCCUGCUGCCUUUGUCCUUUUAGUAUCCACAGCCCUAACUCAUUCUAUUUUGGUUUGGAUUUCAACCAAUUGAAACCUAAUCCCUGAUCCUGUUAGCUGAGAGAGCAUCAAAUGUUAAUCCUCCAGGGAAAGUGUUUUAAAAAGGAGACUCUGGAAGGGCAAAAGGCCUUUGAGACUCAGAGAUUCUCUAAUGAUAGAAAUUGAAGCAGGUUGACGGGGAAGAUGGUUUUGAGAGGAGAGGUCACCUCAAAGCUUCAGAACAGGUAGAGAAAAUGCAUGGUUCACGCACCUGCAGCAUCAUCGCCACCGAGAAGUUGGCAGAAGGGCAGAAUGUGGGGUCUGCACUCUCAUAAGGUCCAAGAUGCAGACCUUGGUGUCCGGGAUACUUCUGUGAAAGUGAGACUUCUGUAAGAACCGGGUGUUCUUAUGAUACCGGUAACACCGGGCGAAGUGUUAGCCCAUGUUGACACCAGGAUCUUCAGCGGAGCAGUGAAGAAGAGUGAACUGAACUGGCCAGGCCUUUUAAGUGCGUGCAGACCAUGGGAGUACCCAAGCAGGCUUACUGUUAGAAAAGAAUCCUAUAUGGAAUUCAGACAGGUGGCCCAUCUCUGCAACUCCUUGAGAAGUCUAGCUUUUUCAGAUGUUCCAGUAACCUAAGUCUAUGGGAUGGGGUGACGGGAGAGUGAUGUUUUGUUCAAGGAAUAGCAGCAUGCUCAGCAUCUCAGCCCUUCAUGCUGAGGCCAGAUUAGCGACUAAAAAUGCCAUUAUAGAAAAAUUGAAAUACGCAGCACAGCAGGAGCAAUGAACCCCCAUGUACCCAUUACCCAGCUACACCCAGCUACCACUUGACUUACGGCUGCUCCGGUUUGAUUUCUUCCUCUCCCCAACCCCUACAACUCUAUCAUUUUGAAGAAAACCCCACAUGUAAUAUCCAUAAAUACUUCGAUAUGUAUCUCUAAAAGCAGGCAGCACUGGCUCCUCCUAGAGGGAAAUUAUAUUUAAAGCCCACAAUCUGGGUGCCAGGGAAGCUUAUUGUUAUUGUGAUGGUCAUUAUUUCUGGACAGACCUAGGACAUUACAAGAAGUUUCAGAAUUCCAUACCUGCUUAAUCAAAUAUUCCAUGUGCUUCUUUUAACUACUGGUGUCCUAGUCUCUUUACGGUGAGAAUGGGGAUGGCUUACCACAUCAGCCUUUAUACUGUCAGUCAUGAAUCAAAAUGGAAAAAAAAAAAAGAAGGGGGAGAGACUGAUCCUGACAGAGCUCCAAAGGCUCUAGUGACAUCAUCCAAGUUGACCUCUUCAUUUUGCGAACAGAUACCCCAAGGACAGAGAGGUGACCUGCUCAAGGUGACUUCUGAAGUAUGGCUCAGCACAACAUUUCAUCCUGCAGUCCGAUAUUGACACCCCAUUUAACCAGGCUCUACUUCCUAGUACUCAUUGGUGGGCUGGCUGGCAUCAUCUCCAUUCUGUUUCUGCUGGUGAAUAUGAACACCCGAUCUGUAACUACCACAGCAGUUGUUAACCUGGUGGUGGUCCACAGUGUUUUUCUGCUGACAGUGCCUUUUCGCCUGACAUAUCUCAUCAAGCACACCUGGAUAUUUGGGUUACCCUUCUGCAAAUUUGUGAGUGCCAUGCUACACAUCCACAUGUACCUCACAUUCCUGUUCUACGUGGUGAUCCUGGUCAUUAGGUACCUCAUCUUCUUCAAGCGCAAGGACAAAGUGGAAUUCUACAGAAAGCUGCAUGCUGUGGCUGCCAGUACUGGCAUGUGGCUGCUGGUGAUUGUCAUUGUGGUACCCGUUUUUGCUUCUCAGUAUGGAACUCACCAGGUGUAUGAUGACCAACACUGUUUUAAAUUCCACAAAGAACUUGAUCGUGUAUAUGUGCAAGUCAUCAACUAUUUGAUAGUUACUAUCGUCAUAGCCACCACAGUGGUUCUCUUAGUCUUCCAGAUCUUCAUCAUUCUGUCAAUGGUGCGGAAGCUACGGCACUCCUUACUAUCCCACCAGGAGUUCUGGGCCCAGCUGAAAAACCUAUUUUUUAUAGGAGUCAUCUUUGUUUGCUUCCUUCCCUACCAGUUCUUUAGGAUCUACUACUUGUACACGGUGGCACACUCACGCGACUGUAACGACACUGCUGCAUUUUACAAUGAAAUCUUCUUGAGUGUAACAGCAAUUAGCUGCUUUGAUUUGUUGCUCUUUGUUCUUGGAGGAAGCCAUUGUAAGCAAAAGAUAAUUGACCUAUGGAAUUGCCUCUUGUGCCAUUAGCCACAAACUACAGUAUUCAGAAUUCCUUUAUAUUGGGAGUAACAAUGGACAUAGAGAGGUAGGAAGGGUUAUUUCCUUACUUGAUUAAAACAAUGCCUUAAUGUGGCCAAACAAAAAGACUAUAAAAUGUCAGACCUAUAGAAAGACUAGUGAUGUUCAGUCCACCUGGAGUUGCAAUACUGCAUUAUUUUCCAAUAUAAAAGGUGUACUUGGCCCAUUCGGGCACUCGGGGUCUAAUGGUUUCUGAGCUUCACCAGCUUAUUUUAGUUUCGUCGGUUUGAAGCAUGAUCUUCUUUAGGCUUUGGAUUGAAUUCAGCCCUCUAGUUCUUUUCAUUCCACUUAACCUUAGGUAAAUUAACCCUGGCAAUGAAUCAGCCCCAAAGACACAAACUCUACUUGGCUAACCAGAUAAGAUGCCCAUUCAACUCCCACCCUGACAAACAGCGGAUAGAGGGGGAGAAGAGUAAGAAACUUUUCUAGAUUAUCAUAACUUUGGUGGGAAGUCACUUAUCUAGAAAUCAAGAGAAACAGAAGUCCUUGUGACCUUCUGCUAUAACAAGGUUAUCUAGAUUUGUUCUUUGAAAGGUCAAGUUUAAGGACAGACUCAACAUCCUCAAUAACUCCAAAAAUAAUUUAAAAGCUUACUAAGCAUAUAUGAAUAAGGGUGAAAAUAUAAGUUAAAGAAUAUCUCUGACCAAUAUGCUGCUAAGCACUAAAAUGAGUUCCUGAGGGAAGUGCUUAUGUUUUUCCCUUUCUGUUAUUUGAAAAAUCUCUAGAUGUUUUAGGCCACAGUUAAUUUAGAUUUACCUUGGAAACAGAAAGUUACACUCUUUUAGAGUUUCCUUCUACCCUUAGGGUUAUGAGUCUUUAGAUAAACAAAAACAAAAUUCUUAAAAAAAGAACUUUUGAGAAAUAUAUAGAAAAAGUAAUUUAGACUAUGAGAUCAGGCUGCUAAAUUGAAACAUAGGCUUGUGGGCUUUUUUCCCUUCUUGCCCAUAUUUCUACUAUUUCCCUCAAAGUUUCAUAAUUUUGAAGGAACUGAUCCAGUUUCAUAUCUAAUGCUUCAGAAUGAAAGUAAUUUAUAAUAGAAAUAGAAGAAUAGAAUGAAUUAAGGUAGAAAUUUCUUCCCAGCAAAAUAAAGGAUCAGAAUUUAAAGACUUUUUCUUUUAUUUGUUAUACUCUAUGGAUCCACAAAUUUACCAGAUGAAUAAGAAAUAUCCCUGUGAGUUUUUUUAAUCACUAAAGUUACUGGGUUAUAGAAAUUAAUUUUGAGGAAGAAAAAGCAGCAAUAUGCUACAUAGACUUGUUCCCAAAAUUUUCCUGUUUUAAAAUUUACAUCCUUUUUUCUAAGUUAUAUUUCCUUUAUUUCUUAUAUUUGUCUUUUCCCAUUUUUUCUUAGUUUUUUCCUUCUCAUUUUGACUUAAAACAUUUGUAAGAAAAUUUCUAAGACUCAUAGAAGUUCUAAGGAAAUUUGUUACACCCAUAAAUAAGAAAAUAGUAAAAUAUAGUAAAAAUAGUAUAGAAUGAUAUAAAUAGUAAAAUAUUAAAAUUUCUAAACUAUUAUUUAUGGAAAUUACACCAAAUUUCUCUUCUUAUAUGUCUGUGUCUUACUAUCAUACUAUCUGUUAGCUUAUAAGUUAUAUUAUAAUCUCUUCCAGGUUUUAAAUAUGUUGAGCUCAAGAGAUUAUGCUUUACCCUGUAUUAUUAUAUCUUAUAAUAAAGGGCUUAUUUCUUUGGACCGAUAAGAAAUACUACCCAAAAUACAGAGAUGCAGUAUUCCAUAAUAUAAAAUAACUUAUCAAUAUUUAGAAUAUAAUUGGAAAUUUUCAAUUUGUCUUUCAUUGUCUCUAAUUGCUAAGAAAAUGAAUCUCAUGCAGGAGUGGGGGCAUCACUGGCCUCUCAGGCCAUUUUUGGAUAUCAAAAUUAUAAGAGUGUGUUACUGGCAUUUUGUUGCUGGAGCCAGAGACUAGACCUCUUGCCUUGCAUACAACACUCUGCAUAGUAAAUAAUUAUCACGUCUUGCUGUUUAUUUGAAUGUUCUUCCAGACAUUUAUGAAAUGAAACAUCUACUCAUAAUAAUUAGACAGGUUUUAUUCAGCUUUCAUAAACACAUAGUAUUUUUUGGUGUGGUUUUAAUUUUCUGAAUUUUUCCAAAAUGUAGGUACCAUGGAUAUGGAGGAAAGAUUUUAUUCUGUUUUCCUCAGAACUUUACCAAGAGUUGUUCAUUCCUUUGGAAAAGCACAUUUUCAAUAUCAAUACCAUCUGUGGCAUUAAAAUACAACACAACACACCUGUAAACAAUAUUUGUGGCUGUUGUAUUCAGGUAGAUACUAGAUAUAGGUGCCAACAUCAGACUGCCUGAUAUUGUCUCCUUUUGUGAUCAUGUCUGAGCAUUUACACAUUAAAAUAUAUAUUACAUUAUUAUAAAUAACUGUCUCCUUCAUUAUUCAUUUA